AUCGAAGUGGAUGACGCGCUGACAUACUUCAAAGGCACACGCACCAUUUAUAAAUAAAUAAAAAUUCCAUCUAGCGGCGGGGAUCAUGUGCGGGAGAGCAGUUAGUAACCUUCGCCACGCCGGCUGUCUCGUUUCUGAGUUGGCCACCGUGACGUAAAACGUGUGUAUUUGUAAAGCGGAGACGUGUAAUCGCCGAGUGGUCGCGCGUUUAAAGACGGGCUCCGGAGUACUCCGGACGGCGAGACAGUGCUCCGAAACGCGUCCGUCGACGCCGCGCGAUGGUGAGCUGAGGCGACACGGGGGGCAAUGGCGAAAGUCGCGAGGGGGUCCGACUCGGUGCCCACGAUUUUGUUAUGCGAACAUUGCGCUAAUCAGACGUUCAAGCAGGUUCAAGACUUCGUUAGGCACUUGAGGGAUCAGCAUUGCUCCAGAGAAGGCGGAUCUUUCGUGUGUCUCUAUGGAUAUAAUGGAGUAUGCACCAGUCUUCCCGUGGAAGGUGUUUCCGACAAGGAUUAUAUAGCGCACGCCACGAAGCACGCAGUUAUGCAACAGCAGCGAAAAAGCAAUGGCCAGUUAUCCGAGGCGGGCUCAUCGUGGACCGUCUAUUCCGCUGCCCAAAAUCUACCUGCUGUCCUGAACGAUCCGUUUAAAGGGAAACAAAGUAACUUUCUAACUCGCACCUGGGGAGAUGGAUUCGUGGAGAAAGUGGACAUUCCGAAGAGUCCGUAUCUUCCUGAGGUUACGAUGCAACAUUUCGAAAUGUAUUUGAAAAAAAUCGCGAGGAGAUAUCGGAAGCACUCGCGUAUGAAUAUCAACAGGCCAACUACUCCAAACGAAUUGCUUCAAAAUUUUCCUAACCUUAGAAAGGUGAAGUCAUUGGAUCGACUGCCGUUUGAUUUAGCUAAUAUUCCAAAGAUCUUUUUAGUCCCAAACUUAGAUCUUUCACACAAAGAUAACUUUGACGCUGUGUUUCCGUUUGCGAAAGACGGUCUCUUAACUGAAGACUGUAAUAUUGUUAUGCACGUGAAGCAAAUGCAAGAGAAGCUGAGUCACUACCUGGACGUUGUGGAAGUUCGAAUAGCAGAGCAAGUCGCAUCGAAAUCUCAAGCCUUUUUCCACGCAAUGACAUCUCAUGAUGUGCUUAUGGAACAACUAACUCAAACUAUAACGGUUUUAAAAGCGCUUAGGAAAAAUAUUCAUCAAGUCGAUAAGCAUCUAGUCAAGGACUCUUUAGAAAUUUUACGCUUGGAGCGCGCUAGGUCUAACAGAUUACUGGUUCAAGAAAAGUUGAAACUUAUGGCAACCGUACAUCAAAGUCAACCCAUGAUACAAUUGUUGUUGUCCACGCCAGAUUAUGUUGCGGCAUUAGACCUUAUUUCUACGACGCAAGAAAUUCUCUUGCAGGAACUUAACGGAAUACAUAGCUUUAGACAUUUAAGUUCCCAACUGACUGAGAUGGAGAAGCUUGUGGACAAGAUGCUGUCGACCGAGUUUCAGAGAUACGCAACUGCGGAUCUCAAUAGGCCGUUAAGUGACGAGAAUACCGUCUUGGACGGCGAUAAACUGGUCUCCAUCAUUUCUGGUCUACUACGUCAGAAGCAUUUUCAAUUUGUGGACACGUACAAAGAGGAAGCUGUGACCACUGUAAGAGCCUUAACGAAGCAACGUGUGAUAGAGGCUCUGGCGGCGAGCGAUUGUUGUAGCGAUCAGCAAGCGGCAGCCCUCGAAGUUGGAGGUCUCUCAUUGACAGAAAGAUUAACUUUGCUCCACAACACUAUACAGUCUUUCACAUUUCUUCUAUUACGAGUUAAGGCAGUUCAUGAUGUAAUGAGAGACACUGCGGACUUAUCAGCGGGACGUUUAUGCGACGGCUCGUUUGACGAAUCAGUACCUGAUCAAUUAUUGACCCGAGAAGAGCAUUCGCGAGUGAUUACUAAACUCGGUGACAUGAUCACCUCUGUAUGCGAUUAUUGCCACGAGCGAAUGGGGAACCUGCUUUCAGCUGGAACGAAUGAAAAGGAUAAAUUCCAUAACGAUAAGGACAAGAUAAUUGCUGAUGUUUCACUGAAUAAAUUAGAAGAUAAAGAAUGUCAAACGGAUAAGAGUUCUUGGCUGAGUGAGAGAGCAACGACCGCUCAAGUCUGCCAAUUAGCUAACAUGGUCGAAGAAUUCACGCACGCUUGCGAGAAACUUUGCGGCAAACAGUGUACCGGAUUGCGAUCGGCAUUUAAGGCGCAAGCAAGUAAAUUUGUACAGCGCUUUCAUAAUGAACGCAAAACUAAGUUGACGUUACUAUUGGAAUCUGAAAGGUGGAAACAAGCUGACGUACCGUUAGAGUUUCAAUCAUUAGUAUCGUAUGUAAAUGAAAAGAAGUGUUUUCCGCUUAAAGUACCCACGUGCGAGGACGAUAUAAAGAAUGAGAGCGUGGAAAAUUUUAUCAUGGUUGGCGAUGAGAAAUUUGCCGUUGUUGGAACUGCUCUGAUGCUUAUACAGAUGAUACACGAAUACUGCAGGACUGGUAGUGAAUUAGUUGCCUUGUCUGGAACAAUUGGGAGACAACUAGCCGAAUUAUUAAGACAUUAUAAUUCCCGAUGUUGUCAACUAGUUCUGGGUGCGGGCGCAAUGCAGGUUGCGGGCUUGAAAACCAUCACAAGUACGAUCCUCGUGUUGGCGGCGCGAAGUCUUAAACUUAUACUGUGGUUUAUGCCCUUUGUCAAGGCGCACUUUCAAGCACUCACGGAACAAAAUCCAAGCCGAGGGCUCGUUGGCACAUCUGGUAUCAGUGGAGGAGUAGCUUUAUUAGACAGUGUCGAAAGAGAUAUUCGCGCGCAUGUUCGUGAAAUUGAAGGGAAAAUCCUGACUAUAGUAGACAAUUUGUUAGGCGGACAAAUAUCCAUGUGGACGGCAAGACCCCCGGUGCCAUCUAAAUCUUUCAGAAAUAUUUCUAGUUAUCUAAUGAAGCUUCACGAAGCUGUUUCUGGAAUUUUGCCUACCGUCGAAGUGCAAUCUCUUUAUCGUACAGUAAAUUCAUCAUUUAAGGAGAAGCUUAGAGAGCAACUGGUUAAAAUGAAUAUAGUGAACAAUGGUGGCCCGCAACACGGCGUGGUCACGUCGGAACUUACGUUUUAUCUUGAAGCCUUAAGGAAACUAAAAGUUCUGCCGAGCGAAGAGUUAAAUGACAAUUGGAUGAGUGACAUAUGGACUAGAUAACAUGCAGAGCGCGUGAUAUACUGCAUUAUAGAAGCAAUGAAAUAUUAUAGAAAGAGGUGACUAAAAAGAAUCUGUGCAUUUGUCUUCCUUUGUAUUACUCGUUGUAGCUAAAACACAUGAUAACAGUGUUCAUCGAUUAUUUCAUGAAUUUUGUGAGAAGAAUAUUACUUGCAGCGAAUUUUCAGCAUUGUGAGCACUUUAAAUAUUUAUUCAUAAAUUAUUAAUAAAUCUUGGCAUAAUUGUGUUGAUUUGAUGCGAGGAGGAACAAUAAGCGAGACGUUUCUACAAAAUUAAGUAUCAAAGAAAGAAUUUAACAAACCUUAAUAAUCGCUGAUUUUGCAUUGGUCCAAAAUAACAUUAGUUUUUUUAAUGAUUGAUCACAUUUAAAACUAUAGUUUCAUAGAUGCAUUAAGUAAUCUAUACCAUAAUAUGUUUAUCUUCACCUCAAAGUAUUUUUAAUGACCAUAGUGUUCAAACAAAAUUGCUGUAGAGUGUGUGUAUGUCAUAGUAGACACACACAUACACAUAUACACCACACACACAGACACACUAUCAUAAAUAUAUUUAUAGAAAUUUUUAGAAUAUUAUUUUUCAGAGCAAGUAUAAACGAAACUGUUGCAGAGAGGAAACAGCAUCCAUUUCUUUGUAAUUUAACGUUACAUUUUGCAGACGCUUCAGUUAUGAUAUUAUAACAGGACCAAACGUAACAACUCAAGAGGUUUUUGUAUAAUGCUGCAUUUACUGUGUGCGCAAUUUAUAUAUUUAAAAUUAUAUGUUUCUUUAAAAGUCGUUUUUCAUGAUAAAGGUUUCAUAUCAGUGAUCAGAAUUAACCAAAUUGUAUGAUAUGCAAUGUACAUUUAAAUUAAACUAAAAAAUGACGACUGUUUCAAUUAACUAUGUAUCUAUUAUGUAAAUCUCUCAUCAAUAGCAUAUUGAUUAUAAUUAAUUAAAAAUGUAAGUGGCAAUGUAUGGUCCGCGCCUAAGAGAAAUUAUAACAAAGGAACGUUUUUAAGUUUUGUAGCGAAAAAAGAAUUCGUGAUGGUACUUUUUACUUCGUAAUUUAUAAUAAUGCGACCCUGGCGUGUAAUUGAUAGUUCGUUAAUUAUAUAUGGAAGACAAUGUUUUUUUAAUUAUAAAAAUGUUUCGGCUGUUAUUUUAGAAGCACUAUGCGCUAACGUGUAAUAAUUUACAAAAUGUUGAAUCUUAUCACGGUUUGUAGGAUGCAUUCCAUUCCUGAUUUUAUCUAGUCCAAGUUGUACAUAAUGUAUGCAACAAAGAUACAUUAAAAAGGAAUAAUUGAAUUAAUUUAUAUAUAAAUUUGUGAAUUACGCGUUAUGCGUCGUGAUCCAGUGGAGACGUGUCAGCAUAUUAUAAAGCUCUGAAAACAUUUUUUAUAUCGAAAUCGAAACUGAAUGAAGGUGUUCAGAGCUGAUCAUUACAAAGGCAUCCUUACAGAUUUCUUUACAAAGACUGAUGAUCUUCCGUUAGAUCAUCGCGCAUAUAGUUGAAACGUUACGCAGAAGAAUGAUUAAUGUAGACGUAAAUUAUUAUAUCUUGUACUAUCGUGCAUAAUGUAUUCUGAACAUUAACAUAAAAAAAAAACUAAGAUCAUUGCAGCUGGAAA